AUAAAUAAGCACUCUAGGGUUAGGGCUUGACUGUAUAAACUUUUCAAAUCCCCUCUCUCUCUCUCUCUUUCUCUCCCUUUUCUUCUUCUUUCUGAUGCCAGUUUCUGAUACUGGAUCAGUUAACGAACACCCGAAUUCUCCAGUAAUUCAACAAGAGUUUGCAGAAGGAAGAGCCGGGAGGAGCAACAUGAGGAAGCGUCAAGUGGUUUUGAAGCGAGAGGAGUCUUCAACUACAACUUCAUCUUUCACAGUCAGGACUGUGAGAUAUGCAGAGUGCCAGAAGAAUCACGCUGCCGGAGUUGGAGGCUACGCGGUGGACGGGUGCCGUGAGUUCAUGGCCACUGGGGAGGAAGGCACCGACGCUGCACUCAUUUGUGCUGCCUGUGGCUGCCACCGGAGCUUCCACCGCAGGGAAGUGGAAACGGAGGUGGUUAACGGGAACACGUCGCCGCGUUCAUCCAUGUCAUAAAAUGGUUCAAUCUGCUUCAGAUAUUAAUUGAUGGAGGUUUAAUUAUGUCGUGUACGUUUUGAUGAUCACUUUUGUUUGUUUGAUUUUCAAAAACAUAUGUGGGUUUGAGUUUGAUAUAUAAGUAUAUCUAUAUGUCUUCCAGUUCUCGUAUCCGGUUGUUUCAGAAUUGCUCUCUUCUUGUUGAUUUCUAGGGUUUAUGGCCAUGACUUAAACCUCCUGUGUUUUAUGUACAACAGAGCGAGAGUAAAAAGUGUGUUGAUUUGUGUUCUUGAUGGAUUA